UGUUAACAUAUUUAUAAAUAAGGGAUACAGUAUUAAUAGGUAUAUUACUAUAUUGUGAAUUGUAUACAAUAUUGUCGCUCAAUUCAAAGAUAUGGAGAUGAAUGACAAGGAAUUGUCCAAAAUAUGUGGUAUCUGUGGUGAUAAGGCUCUUGGUUAUAAUUUCAAUGCCAUUACAUGUGAAUCGUGUAAAGCAUUCUUCAGGAGGAAUGCUCUGAGAAAUAAAGAGUUUAAAUGUCCUUUUGAUGGCAAUUGUAAAAUAGAUUUAGUCACCCGAAGGUUCUGUCAAAGAUGUCGACUCAAGAAAUGCUUUGAUAUCGGGAUGAAAAAAGAAUGGAUCCUUUCAGAGGAGGAGAAAGUGAUGAAAAGGAGUAAAAUAGCGGAAAACCGGAAGAGAAGACACGACGGAACAGAUGUGACGAAAGGCGCCGAUUCGACGACAACUACACCCGUCGUCGACACUAACAUACCGUCGAUGGAUAAUAGCAAUAAUGUGCAGACUUUGUCCCCGGAUUUCAAUGUAAACCUCGGAAGAGAUAUGUUAUUAGAGGUGACGGAAUGUACGGCGAUUGAAGUGACCCAAACAAUCAUGAAUCCAAUGCCAGUCAAUAUGGACCUACAAGUGCUCAAUAAUGUCACCGAUUGUCAUAAAAACAAUUACAUCAAUAGUAUUAAUAGCGAUGAGAAUUUCCGAACAAAAAUGGAUAACAUCUCCAGAAUGGAUGAAAUGAAUGACAUCCCGGAGAUUGUCUACAGAAAAGCCAUUGAACUGGAGUUCGCGUCCAUUCCCAUAAGGAAGACCAUGAAUGAGACAAACGCUAAUUACUUUGAAUUCAAUGAUUUGGAGCGAAACAAACUGACGGAACUGUUGAAUGCCAUGGCAGUCAUGAAGGAUCAGUUCACUGCCAUCACCUCGGAAGUGACCGGAAUUUUGGAUGCCCUCAAAAUGACUGACCAAACGGUGCGACAACUGAUCAAAAUGUCCAAAAGGAUGGUGGGGUUCAAGAGUCUGUGCCAACACGACCAGAUCGCUCUGUUGAAGGGCGGCUGUACUGAACUCAUUAUAUUGCGAUCAGUCGUCUCCUAUAACUAUGAACGAGAAUAUUAUACUAUUGUUAUGGACAGUAAUAACGCGACUUUAAUCAAAUUGGAUGUAUUAAAGCAGGCGAAAGGCAAUGUAUACGAGGCCCACAAGAAGUUUAUGCACGCUUUUAAAUCCGAAUGGGAUUCCGAUACCACGAUAAUCGACCUGUUGAUUGCAAUAACACUGUUCUCUCCCGAGAGACGAAAUAUCAUCAAUAAGGACACCAUUAAACUCGAACAGCAGGUAUACAUGUAUUUACUUCAACGAUAUUUAGAGAUUAAAUAUUACUCGAAAUGUGAGGCGAAGUCCAAAUUCUUGCGACUAAUGACUAAAUUAGAAGAAUUGCAUCUUUUGAAUGAAGACCACAUACGGAUGUAUUUGGACGCCGGAUCGGCCAAUGAUUUUGGACCACUGCUACUCGAAAUAUUUGACCUCCCGGUGUCCGGGCAAUAAAUAAAUUGCAAUAUUUUUGUUAAAUUUAUUAUUCUUAUAAAUAUUACUCUAAUGUUAUCUUGAAUUCACUUUUUAAUGAAUGCUAUCAUAUGUUAACAAUUCAAUAAAAUAUUUAUAGAAAUCUCUAUUUAAAAA